AUGAAAUAUGUCAACUCAUAUAUUCUGAAUUAUUAUAGUAUUAAUGAUUAUCAACAAUUCUUUGAAGAACUCUUUGAGACUGAAAGACAAUAUGAUACUUUAUCAGUUAUUCAGCCUAAUGAAACUCCACAGCAAUGGGCACUCAGAGGUAAAUUUGUAGAUCAUGAUUACUACCGAUCUAGAAUUUAUAAAACUCGUAUGGCAAUUUGUCUUAAUUGUAUGAAGCUUAUUCAGGUUAAUGAUGUGAAGCUAAAAAAGAAAUUUCAUCACACUAUAGAGAUGGUUUGGCAAGAAUUAUUCAAAAUGUUUGGAGACGAUUUCAAAAAAGAGAGCCAUCAAAUGCAUGACUCGCUUGGAACAGCUUAG